AUGGAGAAAUUUGUCUACACGAGGCUGCCGAAUGCUCCUGAGGAACACCUCUCCGAAAAGGAGAAAAUGGACAUGGAGUUCGGCCCGCUGAGCUCGAAGGACUACCUGUACGAGGUGAGCUACGACCCAAAUCAGCCGUUGAACCCUGCCGUGGACGAGCCUCCGUAUUUCGUGGUCAUCUUCACGUACCUGAACUACCUCAUUCUCAUCAUCAUCGGCCAUCUGAAGGACUUCUUUGGAAAGAGAUUCAUGCCGCAGCAUUUCGAAGCUGUGCUGCCGAAAAACGGAUACCCUCCGUGGUACUCGGCUUUCGAGUCGUUCUACCCGCGUCGUCUGAAGAAAAGACUGGACGACUGCUUUGCGCGGCCGAUCUACGGUGUUCCAGGCCGCUUUGUCAGAUGCUUUGACCGCAUCUCGCCAGACUACAACGAGACCUUCCUCUACAGCGGAGAGCUGAAGCCGCUGCUCAAUCUAUCCUCCUACAACUAUCUCGGGUUCGCCCAAUCCAUCGGGUCUUGCACGGACGCCGCUGUCAAGAGCGUGGAGGAGUACGGCACGUCGUCGUGCGGCCCUCGAAACCAGAUCGGAACAUGCAACCUCCAUAAGGAGACCGAGGCCUUGGUGGCUCGGUUCGUCGGUAAGGACGACGCGGUGAUGUUCUCGAUGGGCUUUGGAACCAACGCCAAUCUGUUCACCUCGUUGGUGAACUCGAAGUGUCUCGUGAUCUCGGACUCGCUGAACCACAGCUCCAUCAGAUUUGGAAUCCGUCUUGCCGGCGCGGCCGUGAAAGUUUUCCCGCACAACGACAUGGAAAAGCUCGAGCAGAUUUUGAGAGAGUCGAUUUCGCAGGGCCAGUCCAAGACGCACCGGCCGUGGAAGAAGAUCGUCGUGUGUGUGGAAGGUCUGUACUCGAUGGAGGGAAACCUCGCCGACCUGCCGGCCCUGGUGGCUUUGAGAGAAAAAUACAAAUUUUACCUGUUUGUGGACGAGGCACACUCGAUCGGUGCUCUAGGCAAGUCCGGUAGAGGCGUCUGCGACUACUUUGGAAUCUCGCCUUCGAAGGUGGACAUGCUCAUGGGCACGUUCACCAAGUCGUUCGGCGCGGCCGGUGGAUACGUGGCGGCCAAUCAGGAAAUUAUUGACCGGCUCAGACUGGACAUCAGCACCAACGUCUACGGAGAGUCGAUGCCUCCGGCCGUGGUCACCCAGAUCAGCACCUCGCUGAGAAUCAUCAUGGGAGAAAUUAACGGCGACGAGGGCAAGCAGAGACUGCAAAGAAUCGCGUUCAACUCUAGAUACCUGCGUCUCGGGCUCAAGCGGCUCGGGUUCAUCAUUUACGGUGUGGACGACUCCCCCGUUGUUCCUCUGUUGCUGUAUGCGCCUCCAAAAAUGCCUGCGUUCAGCAGAAUGAUGUACGAGCGCGGCGUCGCCGUCGUGGUGGUCGGCUACCCGGCCACGGAGCUCAUAUCGUCGCGUGUCAGACUCUGUGUUUCUGCCUCGCUGACAAAGGAAGACAUCGACAGAAUCCUCACCAUCUGCGACGAUAUCGGAGACAAACUGUACCUGAAAUUCAGCUCGGGCAUCUCUGGCGGAGAGAAACACCCUGGCGACUACAAAAAAGGAGUCCCUCCUAGAUGGAGCCUCAAGGAGGUCUUGGAACGCACUCCAGAGGACUGCAAGAAGCCUACCUACUAA